AAGAAGAAGAAAAAUAGAAAUAAAGAAGAAGAAACUGAAUAAUAAGAUGAAGAUGGAAAAUGGAAAGAAGGGGAAAAUUAUCAACCUUGAAAUAUACCCAACAGAUUAUUAAUAGUAAACAGUGCAAGUCUACCAAAAGUUCGUCCACUGUUUUCCAAUGAUCAAUCCCCGAGUUUUCUGAUCCAUUUUUUUAAAAACUCAGUCGCUCAUCCAGUGGUUGUGUAUUACCAUCAGCUCUCUUCACUGAUAGUUUUAAAUUAUUUAUUAAAAUAUCUUCAUUACUUAAAACUUAUAAUUAUCUUGACUAUAUGUGUUAUUUGAAAAUAAUAUUUAUUACAAUGGCUACUUGUUAAAUAGCAUUGAAAAAAUUUCUCAAUAGUUAAUAAUUUAUAAAAUCUAUCUGUCUUUCUAAGUAUAUAUUAUUAAUCCGUGAACGUAACUUGACUUCACGCGUAUGUUGUGAGAGGACGCAUUAUUCGUUGGUUGUAGAUCUUACAACGUCUUAAACUCAACCGGUAUUUUUAGUAUCCACAGUAUUUGGCGCGACGUUCUUCGUACGUACGUACGUCUUAUUCCUCCGUCUACACAUUCAAUUUUAUAUUUUAUAAAUUAUUCAAUUCAAUAAUUCGUGAUUAAAAAAUAAUUAUUUUUCAAUAUUUCACGCUUGAUUACUAAAUUAAAUAGUUAAAUAAAAUGAAUAAUUGUUUUAAUUAAAGAGUAUGUAACGCCCGAGAUUUUAUAAAAUAUCAAUAACGCAUAAAAUAAAAGUAAAUACUUGAAAUCAUUUGAUCGAUCGACUAUAAUUAAAUAUAAUAAAACAAAUCAAUCAAUCAUCGAUACGAAAUAUCAAUCGUAAAAAUGUUUGCUUUCGCAUUGCGCGAUAAUAUGUCGACAAGUCGUCAGAACUCGUCUACCAACAGACGUAAUCGUUAUACACGUUCAUCGACAAGUGUAACACAAUUAUUGAGUGAUUCUUGUUCAAGUUUAAUUCAACGGUUGACUACACGAGUUCGUGUACCAUCUGUACAUCAUGAUAAAGCUUCAAGACAUUCACCUGUAAACCGUGACCUUGCUGUUCAUCCAAAUCUAAAUCAUCAUAACAACAUUACUUCUACUCCUGUUACUAAUAAUAAGAACAUCAACAAUAAUAACAAUAAUAAUAAUAAUAAUAAUAAUAAUAACGGUAGUAACAACACAAGAUCACGUUUAGAGGAUAAAUAUUCAUCGAUCCUCGAUCGCUAUACCAAAAGACGCAAUGAUGAUGAAAUAAAUUAUAACCGUCGAGUUGUACAUCAUCGUGAUAGUCCAUUUUUGCGUGAUGAUAAAACGUUAGAACCAGAAGUACCACGUACCGUUGCUAAAAGUGCCACUACGUCUAGUGUUUUGCUCAGCGAAAAAGCUUAUCCGUAUGUGAGCUCACUCAAGCGUGAUAAGACUCCUGGUAUCCGAGAUAAAGAAAGAGACAGAGACAAAGAAAGAGACAGAGACAAAGAAAGAGACAGAAACAGAGACACAAUGGCUGAUUACCGGCAUUAUGGUAGACAUAAAUCAGGACACGCUGAAUCAAGGAGCAGAAAAAUUCGUCCCAGCCGUAAUGGCAAAAGUGAACAAAUUGAUCGCUCGAGGUUCAAGAGAUUGUCCAAGGAUGAAAGUCACUUGUUGGAUAAAAUUGUUUUACAAAAGAUUGUUGAUCCUGUUGUUGAUACUGGUGUCAAUGUUAAUUCUAAUGUUAAUGCUGAUAUUGAGAUUAAUACGAUUAAUAGUAACUUAAAUGUUAACGUUGAUAAUAAUAAUCAUAAUAGUAAUAAUAUUAAUAUUAAUGAUAAUAAUGUUAGUAAAAAUAAUGUUAAUACUAAUACUAAUAAUAAAAUUCAAGUCACUGCUGCUGUUGUUCCAACAAGUAAUAGUCAUGUUGACACUACAAAUGUGGAUUUAUUAUUAAAAGAGCGAGAACUAAAGAGAAGAGAAAUUCAAAAACUUAUUCUUAAGUAUUCAGCAUAUGACGACGCUUACGCGCAAACUAAAAUCGACAACGCUAAGAAAGCAAAACCGAGUGCCGCUGAAAUAAUAGCGAGUAAAUACCAGAAGAAUCACUCGGAUUCAGGAAAAAAAAAUCACUCUGACUCGGGAAUAAAAAGUGUUUUAGAUACUGAAGAUGCUGAUGCGAUUAGCCCACGACCGCCUUCCGUCGAGGACGAUGAAGACGGCCACCUUGUUUACCAAUCUGGCGACGUCCUGGCAAAUAGAUAUAAAGUACUGGCCACCCUUGGAGAGGGUACUUUUGGAAAAGUUGUCAAGGUUAAGGAUUUGCAAAUGGAUCACGUGAUGGCAUUAAAAAUUAUAAAAAAUGUUGAAAAAUACCGCGAAGCAGCUAAACUUGAAAUAAAUGCUCUUGAAAAAAUAGCUGCCAAAGAUCCUGAUGGUCAUCAUCUUUGCGUAAAAAUGUUGGAUUGGUUCAACUACCAUGGACAUAUGUGUAUCGCAUUUGAAAUGCUUGGGCUUAGUGUAUUUGAUUUCUUAAGAGACAAUAAUUAUCAGCCGUAUCCAUUAGAUCAUGUCCGACACAUGGGUUACCAGCUCUGUUAUGCAGUUAAAUUUCUUCAUGACAAUAAACUAACUCAUACUGAUUUAAAGCCCGAAAAUAUACUCUUCGUAGAUUCUGAAUAUGAAGUUACAUACAACAAUAAAAAGUGUAUUUUGUUUAAGCGGAGAGACGUACGCCGUGUGAAGAGGACAGAUAUAAGGUUGAUAGAUUUUGGCAGUGCGACCUUCGAUCACGAGCAUCACAGUACGAUCGUCAGCACGAGACAUUACCGAGCGCCUGAAGUUAUUCUCGAACUCGGAUGGUCACAACCGUGCGAUGUAUGGUCCAUUGGAUGCAUAUUAUUUGAAUUAUAUUUGGGUAUAACUCUAUUUCAAACACAUGACAAUCGUGAACAUCUCGCUAUGAUGGAACGUAUAUUGGGUACGAUACCUCAUCGUAUGGCUAGGAAAACUAAAACUAAAUACUUUUACCAUGGAAAGUUGGAGUGGGAUGAUAAAAGUUCUGCUGGUAGAUACGUCAGGGAUAAUUGUAAACCAUUACACCGUUAUAUGCUAUCAGAUGAAGGAGAUCACCGACAAUUGUUUAAUUUAAUUCAACACAUGUUGGAAUAUGAACCAACAGAGCGUAUUACACUUGAAGAUGCAUUAACGCAUCCGUUUUUCGAUGCGUUGCCGGCUUCGCAGAGAAUCUCGGAUGCGAGAGCCGGCGGUGAUGCUCAAACUACUCCUCAUGAACGAUCACAUUCGCUUUCACGAUGAAAUUAAUAUUCGGGACACAGUGUCCCCAAGGAUAAUUGUUUGUUCUUUUUUAUCUGUUCCAACUGUAUUGACACACUUUUUUUUUAUACCCGUGGCGUAAGGUUCACUAUUGAUAAAAUGUAUUAGUGUGUCUACAGUUAUUGCUAGUAAAAUGUUUUCUAAACUGAUACUAAGAGUUCUAUUGAGAAAAAUAAUUUAGAUAUUUAAUAACAAAAGGUGAAAGUGAGGAUUAAAUUUAUGAGAUUAAGGAAAUAUUUUAUAAUGCUUUUUUUCUGUACAUUAUCCCUUCUUUAUUUUAUUAUGAUAUUUACAAAUUAAUGCUUUGAGUAAAAUGUAAUAAUUAAUAAUAAAAUAAUUUUAUUAAUAAGGGAUUUAACUUUUCAUGCAGGAAUAAGUAGUAUGAUUAAUUAAUUAUUUUUGUUUGUUGUAAAUUGUUGAAUAAAAAGAGACAAGUAUGGACGAAUGUGAAUCUUAAACUCGUUUAUUAAAAUAGUUUAAAAUUUAUCAAUAUUAAAAUGAUAAUUAUAAUUAUUAAUUACUUAAGAAUAAAAUGUCUGGGAGAAACAAUAUUUCUUUUAAAUUUCUCAAUUAUUAUACAUUCAUCGUUUAUUUAUAAUCAAAUAAAUUUGUUAUUAUCAACUUAUAAGUGUUUAAUUAAAAUUAAAUAUGAUAAAUGACAGAUAACAGACAACUAAUUGUUACUGAUAAUGAUUGUAUUUUAACACUUGUCUGUUUGUAAAUACUUGAAAUUGAAAGGAAAUUGAUAAUUUGUAGUGAUAUGGAUUAAAUAAAAAAAUUAACUGACAUCGAGUGUAAUUGUAUUAUAAUAAAAAUUUUCUUCAAAUCUUAA